UCGAAAACGACCAAGAUGUACAUCUCAUCAUGAUUCUAUGCAGAACUCAACAAUGAAAAAGGCUAAAACGCACAAUGGUUUUGUCAAGAAAAGUAAAAGAAGGCAAGAUGUGGAAAGUGAACACAAACAAAAGAAGACUACUGCUCUGUUCGAUGAACAAGUUGAAGGUUGGUAUCAGAAGGUAAUGGAAAAUGAAGUCUUGGCUACAGCUAGGACUGUAAAUUCUGAUACAUUGGUGAAGUUCCGAAUAGAUGAGUGCCCUACAUUUGGAAUCCAACUGAAAAGGAGAGACAGGCUCUUGCUAUUUAUUGACAAAAGACAGAGUCAAGAGAAUGCUCUCUUUGCUAGCCAUGCACGUUUCAUUGCAACCCAGAAUCUUACAACAGCUGAAUUGAAUUCAUAUUUGUCUUGCCUAAUGAAUGAGAAGAUUAGCGAAUCAUUGGAAGGUGUGAAGAUAAUAGAACAAUGUCCUGCUCCAUGGCAGUUCAUUCUGGAUUUUAUUGACCUUCCCCAAGAUGGAGUCCUUAGUGUUCUGAACGUUUCAAAUGCUUUGGUAAAAUCCUCUGUCACAAAAGAUGCCAGUACCUAUAAGCAAUUCUUCCAUCAGUUUCUGGGAAGAGCCUUUAUUCCUGGGCCGCUUACUGCAGUAUUAAGAAACAUUAUUGCAGGUUAUUCCAACGAAGGUCUUGAAUCAAACAAGAUCCAGUCAGAAUCUACUGCCCACCAGCUCAUUGAGUCUUGCAAGUGUUUUGCAGAGUCCAUAGCCAGCUAUGCUCCAAAGGUGCUCCCAGCUGUGCUUCCUCUCAUUCAGCUACUUGUUGAUCAUAAAAUUCCUGCCUGUGACACCUUCUUUCUUAUGUCCCUUCUGAAAUUGGCUGUAAGUCACACUGAUGAUCCAGUCAACACACACUGGAGUAAGCUACAACUACUAAUAACUUCAUCAGAACUUCAAUGCGCUGAAAGAGCUAUCAAUGAAGAAACAGAAUCAGCCAUUGCAAAGGGUUUCCUACCAUGUGUGCGUACUCAUGGGCCAUACCCCAAUGUGGAUAGUUACAUGGACACCUACAUGCGGCUUCUCAGGGAAGACCGCAUGUCUAGUGUACGCAAUGCUUUAGUUGCUCUAAAGAGGGGAGCUCUUGAUUCUGAAAAACUUCGGAAUGUGCCCAUUUUGCCUUACAUAAAGACCAUUGCUAUUCAGAUGAUUCAGGCUUCAAAGUGCUUGGCUGUUGUUGUGCAAACAGAAAACAGCAAUAUCACUAAGUCAAUGAUAAGACAUGCGACAAACAAACUCAUGCAUGGAAAUUUGGUAGCUUUUAUUGUUGAUGGAAAUUUUGAUGAUAUUUUGUAUGCAACUGUUGCAACAACUUUCAAAUCAUCUGACUCAGCGGUACAGUUUUCUGUUGUAUUUGGCUCAGGUCCAACCUUACAUUCAAGAAGCAAUGAGGUAGAUGGACUAACUCGUUUAUUUCAUGCUAACGACACAUUAGCAGUUGUGAGUCCUGUUUACUAUCACGCAUUCAAGCCAGUGAUGGUUUCUCUACAAAGACAAAGUCAAGACUUCUUACCUUUCAAAGAAGAAUUCGUUUUCCUAAAUUUUGAAGAACCUACAAACCAUGCUGAAAAGCCUGAAGAAAUGCUAAAUGAAACGGCAGUCAAUUUGACUGAUGUGAUUAAAGAUGACAUACAACAGUUAGAUUUGAGAGAGGAAGAGAAGUUGGAAAUGAUGGAAAACACUACUUUUUCCAACAGCGACUCUUCUGAAUACUCUAUACAAAUGUCUCCGUUAUCCACAGAGAGUCUAUCUGAAGACGAACUAUACACCAGCAUGCAGCAAGUUUGCAAGUUAAAAAAAUCUAGUAAGUAUAAGCACAGCCGAUUGCCAUCUUACCUGCAGAGUGGCAACAUUACAAUGAGUUGGCAAGGUGUGUUUCAGAUGUCGUUGAAAAAUCCCGACACUCCAGAUCCUGGCUACUGGAAGAGCUCAGAGAAAGUUGACUUUGAAACUUUGAGGAAGACGUAUAAGAGUUUACUUGAUGACUCUCAAUUGGAUGCUGUUGAGUUAGCUCUUCACAAUCGUGUAGCUAUUAUCCAGGGACCGCCAGGAACAGGAAAGACUCUUAUAGGAUUUAGACUUGCACAACUGCUACUUUCAGUGUCAUCUCUCCCAGAUGGUCCUAUUCUGGUGCUUUCAUACAAAAACCAUGCUCUCAAUGAAUUUCUUGCUGGAUGCUGCACAUUUUGUAGUGAUGAUGAAGUUGUUCGAGUUGGUGGUCAGAAGGAGAAGCUUAGAAAUACCAAUGUGAGACGAUUGAAAGAUAUAUGCCCAAGUCCAAGAUUGCCAAGGGUUCCAGAUGAAUUUUCUAGAAUGAAAAGAGUUAUUGAACUUGUUCCUCUCUUUGUUGAAUUCAUGCCAGUGAAUGAACUACAGAAUAUGGCCACGAUAAAAGACCACGCAUGUCGGUUGACUUUCAGCCAGUUUGACAAUGAUGAUCUUCGACAAAAUCUGAUGCAUGUUAUCAACACAAACCCUGCAGUGUAUCGCACAGUUUGCUCAUUGAAAGGUAUAGCAGAGGAUGAAUGUCCUUUUGCUAAAAUAGUUCAGGCUCUUCACAAAGUGUUGGCCAGUUGGAUACCUGACGAGAAGUCUUUGGAGGUGUUACUGACUACAUGUGGUGUGCAAUCUCUUGACCAAAAGCCCAUUUCAAGAUUAUCAGCAACCUACUUGAUGAAGCAGCAGAAAUCAACACAGGAUGACAUUGAAGAUGUUGAGUAUGAAUUAACAAUGGAGCUCAGAGAACGAGGCCUUGAUCCCAUUCAUGGUGUUGAAAAGGAAUACAUGAGCAAUGUAGUACCACUAUCUGGUACACCUCCAGUGUCAAGUGAGAAAAACAAAGAAAUCAUCUUUGCAGUCGAUUUGGCUAGAUUCGAACCUUCAAAAUUAACAACCAGUGACUUGUACCAUACUUUGUCUCUCAUCCGUCUGAAAAGGAAUAUGGAGCAUGAUGAUCUAGCUCAUGUGAUUAAAAUUCUUGCCCAGCUAAAGUGGAAAACUUCCAUAAAAGCAUUAAGCCGUAAAACCAAAGAACUGUCCCAGGCCUUUGCUAAAGUGGAAGAACAGCACAUUUGUGACUCAGCAAACAUGCUAAAGAAGGUGAAAAUAGUAGGUAUGACCACAGACGGAGCUGCAAUCAAUCACAAGUUGUUGUCCCAGCUUAAACCUGCUAUAGUGAUAAUAGAAGAGGCAGCAGAAAUCCUUGAGGUACAAGUUCUUGCAGUGCUUUCUGCUGCAGCACAACAUCUUAUCCUAAUUGGGGAUCAUAAGCAGCUCCGACCUCCUGUUGAAAACUAUGAACUUCAACAGAAAAAUAAAUUUGAUGUUUCAUUGUUAGAAAGGCUUGUAAACAACAAUCACCCACAUGUCUCCCUGACCCAUCAAGGAAGAAUGUUGCCCGUGUUUAUCCCAUUGCUUGAGCCUAUCUACAACGAUCUGCAAACAAAUUCUGAGGCUAUCAAGAAUAAUCAGCCAGCAGCAUGUUUUACCAAGCCAAUGUAUUUUUGGUCACAUGCAUAUCCAGAAACCAGAAUAGGGACAAGUUUUUGCAAUAAAGAUGAAGCCAACAUGCUUUUCAACAUGAUUCUAUGGUGUAUACUGCAAAAUGAACAACAUCGGAUUCAUCCAUCAAAGAUAACUGUCAUAGCAAUGUAUGCAGCUCAGGUUAAAUUCAUUAGGAAGUUAGUGAAAGAUUUCGAAGACAAUCACAUUGAUCUUGCUAACCAGUUGUUAGAUAGUGGUCAAACAAGGAGAAGAAAUGGUAAAAAGCAAAAAAGAAGUGAGGAAACAGAUGAGUCCUCUCGUCCAUUGAUUCGAGUCUGCACAGUUGACCAAUACCAGGGUGACGAGAACGAAUACAUAUUUGUAUCUCUUGUUCGUUCAAAUGUUGAUGGUGCAAUUGGCCAUGUUAAGAUUCAAAAUCGAAUGUGUGUUAGUUGUUCAAGAUCAAGAUCAGGACUGUAUGUCUUUGGCAAUGCCGACUGUUUUCACAAAGCAAAGAAUAAUGCUCACUGGCAUCAUGCACUCAAAUAUUUUAAAGAACAAGAUUGUUUGGGCAACUCUGUUCCACUUCGGUGUCCUCGACAUCCAUCAUUUACAUUUAAGGUCAGUCAGCCAGAAGACUUAAAGAUUCGAUAUCACAAUCAACGAGUCUUCCUGCCUACAUCAUGCAAGGAACAAUGUGGUCAACUGAUGAAAUGUGGAGAGCACCGAUGCUUGGAACUGUGCCACCCACAUCUGGGAGAUGAAAAGUGCAUGGUUUCGGUUGAUGUAGUUCUUAGCUGUGGUCAUCCACACACUUGCCACUGCUGGCAAUCUACUGUUCCUUUACAAUGGAAUUUCAGAUGUGAAAAACAGUGUGAGAGGACCAUUAACUGUCCACGUCAGCAUCAGUGCCCUCGAACAUGUGGAGAACGUUGCCCUACCUUCAGCGAGUGCAAGAUAUGUGAGAGACUUGAACUAGAUCGACGUCAGCGUGAGGCUCAAAGAAAGGAAGCAGUGGCAAAAAAGAUUCAGAAAGCUAUUGCAACAGAGAAAGAGCAGUUGCAAGGAGAUGAACGACACUGUUCUGUAACGCUCUUAGAGCAAGCUGACGACCUUGAAUUGCAAUUCAAGAUAAAAACUGUUGAGAAUAUUGUAUUUAGUUGUAAAGGAGAAUCAGACAACUCAACGCAAAAUUCUGAACUGAAGUUGGUCUGCUGCUGGGAAAUAACCAACCUUACACAAGUGCGUAAGUUUAUAAAUGUGCACCAGCGAAUGUUGAAGCAGCGGCGGCAGCACCAGGCUCAUUUUCAACACCCAUAUAUGGCAUUAGUUGUCCCCAGUACAUGUGAUGUCAAUCAAUUUAUUAGAAGUGUCGCAGACCAUGGUGUUAUGGCAACAAAUACUUCAUUUGGUCAAGGGAUCUUUCUCACUCAUAGUCCUGGACUUUCUUGCUUUCUUGAUGGUGCUGGUCCAUAUGAGAAAGCCAGCACUUUAACUGACCAACCACUUUUGACACUCAUUAUUUGUCAAGUGGCUCUUGGACGCCGAAUAAACAGACGACCAAAAUCAACAGAUUUGAUGGCAUUGUCUGGUGACAUCAGUGAAUGGGGUCAUUGGCCAGUACGCACACCACAGAGGUCACACAAUGAAUCUGGCUCAGAAGGACACAAUGUUGUUCAAGUUGUGGCAACUGACCAAGUCUUACCAGCCUACAUAGCUUGUUGCAAAAGAGUUGAGAAUCUCUCUACCCUUGAGGAUCUAGCUUGCAAAACAGGAAGAACACAGUCAAAGAUGCUGUGCAAGUCAGAGGUGAUUACAGAUGAUUCUGAAUGUGAAAAGCACUUCAGCAUUGUUGAAUCCAAUUUUUUACGACCAUUAAUACUCUCAAGUGGCAGACGAUCAUGGGAAGUCAUACAAGCAGAAUACAUUGUCAACCCCAAACUGCUAACUGAUUAUAAGAAUACCAAAAUGCAGUUCAAAGCUGCAGGCAAACCAGUACAUGAACGAUAUGGAUUCCAUGGGACAACUACAUGUGCAAUAAAAACAAUAUUUCAACAAGGAUUCAAGAUUGGUGGCAAGGAUAUCGAGUGUAAAAAUGGAGCAUGUUAUGGUAAGGGUGUGUAUUUGGCAAAAACUCCUCUUAUUUCAAAGGACUACAGCAGAGGACACAAUGAAAUGAUAAUGGCAAAAUAUUUGGCUGGUAACCAUACAGCACAUCAGCAUGACUCUAACAGCAGUGAAUUUGACUCUUACAUGGAUGUCAACAUAGUGGUUGCUUUUCAAUCAGAACAAGUUUUGCCUUUGUAUAGAGUCACGUUUAAAUAAUCACCUCAACAUUGGGCACUCUGAACUGCACAGGCAACCAGACAAUCAUUUAGCGGACUGUAGAACUGAGUGCACGUAGUGGUAUAACAACUCAGAGUAAUAGCGUUGUUGUUGUCAGUUGUUGCUGCUGUUGUUGGUUGCUGCUGUUGGUGUUGCUGCUGCUGUUGUUGCUUGUGUUUGUUGCUGCUGUUGUUGUUGUUGCUCUCGAUGAUGAUGAUGUUGCUGCUCGUGUUACACUGAUUCAAAGUAGCAUAAACAAAGCAAUCAGAAUAGCAAAGCACAGUAACCGUUGUGCACUGCACUGUAUUGAAAUUGUAGUGCAUAUAUUAUACAUUUAUAAAAGUAAUGAUACCCAUG